AUGACUUUCGAUAUGGACUGGUCUCCAGCAUUCUGCCUGGCCUGUGACAGGCAAACCGACGGCAACGUCUACUGCUCAGAAUCAUGCCGUCUGGCCGAGUACGAAAAUGCUUCGACGGCAGGCUCCGCAGCCUCGUCUCCCACCUCUCUUCGAACUCCCCUCUCAUGGCCAGCAAAUCGAUCGAACAACAGGUUCUACAUGGAGCCGGCAUACAACUUCAAGAAUGCACAACCAUACGGCACAACACCCUCUCCUCGAGCCUCCAACUUCUCUCCUCCGCCCAGGUCACAAUCAUCGCCGGUAACCUCGACCAAGGUUACCUUGACUCCCUCUAGUUCGCAAUCGAGCCUCUUCUCCCUGCAAAGCACCCACUCGACGACAUCCCCAGAACCCAUCCAACUCUCGGAAGAGUCCCGAAAGGCACUGAGGGCAUACGCCAGCUCCUUCGACCAAUCUCGAAACUCGAGGAGGCAAUCCACCCACUAA